AUGCCCGUAGUUUGUGCUGCUAACGGCUGCAAUAACCGGCGCAGUACUCAGAGCAGAUCACGUAGGAUUACAUUUCACAAGUUUCCCAGCAGGGGCGUUGCUAGGCACAAAGCUUUACUGGGGCACUGGCCCCCUACCGCAUAUGCCCCUCCUGCCAUACACAAAUACAGACAAGCACACUGCCCCCACCCUGAUAAAUUCCUACCAAAAUUACCAGUUGAGAUAUUAAUGAGUCCUCCAUCAAAGAGGAAGACGCAAACCCCAACUAAAGCUGAACAGAGCCAACUAUUGGACCUUUCAAGGAAAGCAGAGUUCAGCCUUCUGCUGGACCUUUCUAAGCCGCUCCCUGAAAGUAACGAAACGGCAACGGAAGCCGAAGAGAGCCAACCACUGGACCUUUCAAUGAAAACUGUAAAUAAUCCACCACUGGACCCUUUACAGGAUCUCCCUGAGAGCAAACCUCAGCCCAAUGAUGACCACUCCUAUGCUUUGCCCUGUUCACCCACUCUAAUAAAGGCCAGACUCAGUGAUGCUUUGAAUAGAGUGGAGAUUCUAGAGCAGGAGAACCUGAAUGCCAAGGCCCGAGAGCAGAGGGCAAAGAAAUACAUAGAGAGACUCCUGGAUGAUCUGAAGAGAAAGAACCUCACAAAUACCUGAAAGAAAGGAUUCCAAACAGAUCUUCAUAUGGAUGGAGGGGCAAAGAGAGUUCGUCCUCCUGUUGCACCUUCUGGCCCCAGAGCAAGCAGCUGCCUGGAAGGGGAGGGGAGGUGGGGGGGUCUAUGCAUCCUCCCCUCCCACGUCCACAAGGGAAAGCUGUGCAAUACAGUGUUUUUUCCAGGCAGGGUAGGGCAGGACACUGGAAUCACCUGGAACUUAUAAAGAUUAAUUUACCAAGCCUUUAAAAAGAACAGUGUCGUGCGUGAGGGUGACGCAGUGUUUAGUCCGCACCCAGGUACGGAGGCCCUAGUCCUCGAAUUCAAAUCCGACAUGUUGUCCUCUGCCGCCUGUCUCUCCCCCUCUCUUAAACACCCUUUUCUGUGCUCUUUUUAUUAAAGAGCACAGAAGAAUGUAUCCCGGCAAGAAAACAAAUAUUUUUAAUUUGUUACAUUUCAGUCGUUACAAACUGGUGAGAAAAUCAGUUAAUAAUUCAGGGAGUUAUAGUUUUAGUCAAGCAUGUAAUUACCGGAAUACAAAUUAAUUCACUGGAGAUCAGAUCCAAGAUGGCAGCCGUGUUGAUGUUUUUGCUCCAAAAGGCGUUUCUGGUCCUUGAGGUGUCGAAUUGUAGGAUGCCCCUUGCUUCAUCCAUCCUUUUGUCAUUUGAUUUUUUUUUUUUUUUUAUUGUCGAGUUCUGGACUAAAUUAAGACUGAGUAUGACCAAUGUGAGUGACUGAGUCCUCUAUAUGGCACAUAAUAAAACAUAUCAGCCUGUAAAUGUUUGUUGAGUGAUGGUUAAAUUAUUCAGUUAUUUAAGGAGCAAGAAAUCUCAACCCUUAUGUUCAUUCAUCAUAUGUAAUCAUCGCUAAGUGUCAGAAAACCUGUCGGAAAAGGAUUUUUUUGUGUUUUAGAAAGAAUGUGAUUUUGAACGCGUCCUUUACCUCAACAGGAACUUCAGUUUUGGAUUUAUUGAAAAAUGUAUGCAUUCAUGGAGUCUGUAAUGUUUUCAGUGAUAUAAAUGUGGCUCAGCAAGCAGAGGUGGGUAAUAACCAGUUAAUUUACUGUUUUUUGAGUAAAUUGUUGACAGUAGUAUACUUUGUUCAGCUGCUCCCACCAUCUUAACUUCACUGAAUGAUAAACAACCUGGUUCAUAAAAGCAGCAAGUUCCAGAUAAAGAUCCAUGUUAAUGUCUAAAUGAGGGCUCCUUUUUUUUAGAAUAGAAAAUAGAAUAGAAUGGAAAAUCCUUUGCCACAAUGGGGAAAUUCUUGCAACCAAGCUUAAUUGAAUCUACAUCGCAUUAGGAGGUAAAGUUUAUAUUCAGCAAGGAGUAAAGAUUGUCA